CCGCCAUAUUAAUUAAUUUCGAUAAACUAAUGGAGUGGGUCAGUUUCACGAACGGAUUAUUACACAAGAAUAAUUUUAAAAAAAUCAAAUUUUUCGGAUUGUAUACUUCAGAAAGAGUGCUUUAAUUUCUGACAGCAUAUUUUAUAUAAUAAUCUGCACUCUUUUAAAAUUAAACGAGCAGUAUUUCACUUCAGCAAAAGUAACCCAGCACAGUGUACAUCCAAAACUAAAUAUAUGUACAAAGAAAAAUAUUACUUAACUUUGACUGAGCAUGGAGUGGGAACCACAGCGUCCCACUGCUCCAUCCACUCCGUCCAGCACGUCCAGCUAUUCAGCUGGCAACAGUGGGGCCAGAGCAGAAAAGAUUCCAGUCUUGAAGCAAAUCACCCCAAGUCCCUCAGUUGCAGCUUUAUCAAAAUUAACAGAUGAUGAGUUGCGACGUAAAGGUGUUGAAGAUCUGGUUAGAAUAUUACGACGUGUUGAAGGAGAUUAUAAGUACCUCUUGGGGGAACAUGGCAACGUUAUCAAAGAUGUAAACAGGCGAUUUCAAAUAUUUUUGCUGGAGGUGCGCAGUCUUAAAGAGUUCAACCAGAAACUACAGGAUGACAAUCAAGAAUUGCGAGACCUGUGUUGCUUUCUAGAUGACGACCGCCAAAGAGGCCGCAAGUUGGCUCGUGAGUGGCAAAGAUUUGGUCGUUACACAGCAAGCGUUAUGAAGAGUGAGGUUGCUGCAUACCAGGACAAGCUCAGAGAGCUGGAGGAUAGACAGAAUGAUCUAGUGAUGGAAAAUUUAGAACUCAAGGAAUUGUGUAUUUACCUAGAUCAAGAAAGAGCGAGAGUUACUGGGGACAGAGAUGAAGGGGAUGGGAGCAGUAAUGGUACAGUGACAGGCCAUGAGGAUGGUGUUGUUGCCAUGGACACAGCUCAUCCUAUGAGCUCUAUUGCACACACUGGAUUCGCUAGUACAACAGCAAACUAUGUCCGAGAGCUUGAAAUUAAAAUACAUCAGUUGGAAGAGGAGAAGAAAUUGUUGGCACAGAGGAUAGGUAGCAAUAGUCUAGACGGGCUUGAUAAUAUUCUUAUAGAUGGCAUAAAUACUUCAACCAUAAGUAAUGAUCAGUCUGUGCAUGGCUCAAUCCCUGGUACUGUUGGUUUGAGAAAGCCAUCUACAUCCAGCAAGCCAGAGGCAGUAGUGCAUGCGAUGAAGGUCCUACAGGUCCAUGAAGAGUUAGAAAAAACACCAACAGAGGAGGAUUUGGAUGAUCCUGAAAAAGCUAUUGUGAGGGAGAUGUGUAAUGUUGUAUGGCGUAAGCUUGGUGACGUCGGCGAUGUCGGGAGAUUUAAUGACUCAACAGACAGCAUACUGGAUCCUCCAUAUUUAUCCGACUCUCCUGGAAAACCACCAUCCAUGGCAUAUUCUAAUUAUAUUCCACAACCUCAACCUCAGAUGGCCAGCACUCCGUUAUCCGCUACAGUCAAACCAACUGUUGGGAAAAAUCAGUAUGGGCAAGCGGGUUUAGAACCACAGCCCACUUCAUAUCCGUUCCAUCCACAAAACCUGGAGAGGUAUGCACCAAGGCCUCAUAACGAAAUGAACAGGCCAUCUCAUCCUUCACAGUCAUCAACUACUCAUUUAUUCCCACAAAAUCAAACAGAUUCUGAUAAAAGAGGCCAGCUUGGCUUAGGACUCAAAACACACAUGCCUGAUCGAGCUGAUGAAAGGAGAAAUCCAGACCCUACUGUCGUACCUCGUGUCCCGAUAGACUCUAAUAAAUACAAUCAGCCGCUCCCUUCUCAUCAUUUUCAGAACGACCCGAACCAACAACUGCAGUCCCAGCAUCCUCAGCAUUUGACACAACCACAGCUGUAUUCCUCCCAGAGACCUAUCGACCCUGCUAGAACCUCCCAGCCAAGUCAGCACCCACCCCCUCCCGUGACACCUCGCUACCCGGGACAGCCUAACCCCGCCCCCAGUUCAGCUCUACCUCAGCAGUUUGCCUCGUACGACACUAAACCCACAAGUCAACAAAGAAACCCUCCGGUCAGAUCAUUAGACAAUGCAGGAGCACAUAGAUAUGGAUACAGCGAGUCACAAAAAUUACCCCCAUCCUCACAAGGUUUGGCAGCUCACGCCGAAAGAGAUGACGCUAAUGCAUUACCUGUACCGAGACCUUUAAGCAGGGGAGAAAAUAGAACAGAAGAUAGGAAUUACCUGGAAAGAGACGCUCAGAUCAGGCAGUCAGCCAGAUCUUUAACUUCCUCCUCGGCUCUAAAUCAACAGCCCCAGGGCCGACCUCACCCCCUUGCAGCACCUCAUCAGAACGCGCAGGGCCCCGCUGGAUUCAGAGCUUAUCCUCCGCAAUUAAACUCCAUGCCAACGCAGUCCUGGGGUGGCGGUAUCAAAGACCCCGCCGGUCAUUUUUACCAACAAGACUCUAAAAUGCGACCCAACCACUACCAGGUGCACCCGGGUCAGCAGGGUUACAAUGCCGGGUCACAGGUCAAGGGUAAUAAAAGAUUCCAGGAACAGGAGUGGAGACAGAACUAUUUAGAAGACAGUGAUACACUGUGAAGUUCAUUCGUUAAAUCAAAAUCUGCAUAAACCUGUAUCAAUUUUUUUUACUGCUGUUGUUGAUUUAGUAUAGUCAUUGGUUGUUUUUUUUUUUUUACCACUAAAUAAUAGAAUAUUUUUAACAUGCAUACCAUAUAUUUUUUAAUGUAUCCAUAUAUUCGUUGUUGAUAUUAAUGGCUUAGAGAAUUUAUUUCGGCCAUUUGAGCACAUAAAAUUGUGUUUAUAUUAGCAUAAUCAGUUUUUUUUUGUGUUAAAGUUUGUGUUGAAUAGAUUUAGCUUUAAGUAAAACAAAAGAUAUUAUAUACCAUUUAAAUUAAACUAAUUGUAGUUAAUGGUCUUUACAAAAUUUGAUAAUUUAUAUUUUAGUUGGUUUGACAGUGAGUUUUAGCGGCACAAGAAAUAUUAAAGACGCUGACAUUUAUUUAUAGACUAUGAAUUAUUACAUAGGAUUCUCCAUUAUAAGCUAGUAGCAAAGUAUCUCGCUGUCUUAUUUCAGCAACAACUAUAGAAAUCUAUCAUAAAUAUAUUUAAGAAAAUAAUUUUUUUUUAAAUUUCUUUUUCUACUACUGUUGCAUUAUUCAGAUUUUUAACACUGAUGUUCGGAUUUAAAAUUGGCAGUGGAUUGUUUACCUUAGUCUCUGUGAUAAAAGAAGUGUCUUAGUUAAAUAUAACUGUAAAGUAAAUGUUUUUUUUUUUCUUUUAAAUAAACCACCUUUUUUUUCCUCCAACUUUUGUUCAACCACAUUAUACAAAAUAAUAUUAUCUCAAUAUUAGUUACUUAAUUAUAUUUUUUUUAAAACUUCAGUCUUUUUACUGUAACUUAAAAAGUAUUAUUUCAAUUUGGUUUAGAAUAACUAUUACAAAUAAUAUAUAUCACAGACCAUUUUUCAGGAUAGAUUCUAAGAAUGGAUUUUAUUAUUCAAAUAUAAUCCAUUCACUAUACUUUAAGAAGGUUAGUGUAUUUUAUCAAAUGACGGACUUCUAUUUAUUAUUUAAGCUGGAUCUGCUAAAUUGGUUGUGUUCCUUUAUAUUUAAGCAAUUAGAAUUUAUAAUUUAUACAGGUCUAGACUAUCAUUUAAAAUUCAUACUUGUAAAUAUGUACACUGAAAUUUUGCAUUUAUUUAUUGACAUCCCUUUCAUUAAUAAAUUCUUCAAUAAGUACCUCGUAGUUUAUAAUAGAGAUACACCACCAGUGGGUUUGAAGAUAUUUUUUUUUCUGGCUCAAUUCAAUAACAGAUGAACCUGUUAGAAUAUAUUAAAUCCAUUACUUUUUUUAAUGUAAACAAAAGCAUAUUGUCCAUUAAAAAUACUCAAAUGGCAUAUUAGUGUCUUCUAUGUGUAUCUUCUUGUUUCAAACGUUAACUCUGAAAUGGAAUCUAACAUUAAUAAUAUUAAUAUCAUAUUAUUUGACAAUCAUUAUUUACCCUCUAAGCAACCCUAAAUUGCAAAUUUUAACUUUCUCCUGUGUGGUUGUGAAUAUAAUUUUUUAACCUGAUCAAAUUGUUUAUCUAACAAUUAUACAUGUCACAAUUAAAUAGGAACAUUUGAAAAGAUAAUCCAUAAUCUUUUAAAAUUGCACAUUUAUAAAUAAUAUAAUUAUAUUUUCUCCAAAAUACAAGGAAUGAUUUUUUUUCUCCUUUUCUUUAUUGAAGGUUGUUUGUCAUAACCUACUUUAAAGUGUCUUAAAAACCUAUGCAUUUUUAUGCCCAUUCUGUCCAACAAUAUGAAGAAGUACCUUACUUAUUUUGAUUAGAAAUGAAAACAAAAAUAAAUUAUAAGUAAAAAUUUAUUUUGUAUGUUAAUACAUACAUAUAAUUUACUGUAUAAUACCAGAGUAUCUGGUAUGGUUGUCAAUAAUUUUAUCACAUCUGAUUUUGGAGAUGUGUAUUGUCUAGCAAGAGUCAUGUACACUACUUGUAAAUGUAUAUCCUUUAAUAUCCUAUUUCAUUUUUACCUUCUUGUAAGGCAGCGUGGUAAUUUGCAUAUGUAAAUAGACAUCUUUUUUAGAACAGUUUUCUUUUUUUCUGUUUAUCUGCAGUGUAAAGGUGUAAACAAAUAACUUGAAGAGUACCUGGGUGUAUCAGUUUAUAUCACAUUUAAAGAUUUAUAUGUUUUCUAUUAUACUUUUGUCAUUUGAAUUUCGAAAAAUAAAAAACUACUAAUUAAGAUAACCCUCAAUUAAAAAGAUGAUUCAAGAGAAUAAUAGUUCAGCUAUUAUUAUUGUUUUUAAAAUUUUUUUAGAUUAAAUGAUUGACUUAAAAAAUACAUGUAACAAAAUUAGAUCAGUAAAUUUAAGUGAGGGACCAUGAACAUAUAACAUGGAUGUGGUUAGUGUAAUUUAACAGUUCUUAUAAAGUGCUUUUGUCAGAUGAUUGCUAUUCAAGUUGAUACAUUUGGCGUAGAUAAUUUCCCUCCAACACAGAAUCAGGCUUCCAGUUGUAAUAAUUUCAUUAGAUUAUUAUGCUAAACUUUAAUGGUAUGUUUCUAAUUUUUAAGUCUAAACUAAACAGCUUUCCUGCAAGGUAUGAAUGUAGAGGUCUAAUAAACUUUGGUGGACUAAAAAAUUUAUUAAAAAUAUAUUGCAAACAAUUUGAGAAAAAUAUAAAUACUUGGUAGAGAGUAGCCAGUGAUGAAUGACAUUGCACUGUGUGUUAAGAAUGGCAGAUUUAGAUUGUAAAUGUUCUCAGUCAUACAACAGGUUUUAUAAAUUUAAAUAUUUAAAUGCUAUCUCUCUUUAGGAAAAUAGGCCAGUGAAAUAUUUUGGUAAUGUUGUAUUAAAAAAUGUUGUUAUGCUAGUCGUGAUCUGUUUUUUUAUGCAUCAUUUUUAAAACAAUGCUAUUUUUGUUAUACAAUUAUGAAAUAUGGAUUAUCUAUUUAACGUGUGAAUUUAUUACUUACCUUUAUGAUGAACAAAUCCUAGACUUUAAUGUCUAGCUGAAAUCAUCGAUAACAGUUUUAAAACAAAUAAAUUUUUCUAUUACC